GGAUAUCUGUUGGGCAAGAUUGCGUGCGGCAUCAGCACCAGCUCGUGUCCCAUACCACUAACGAUACAUGCACAUAACUGGAUCCUGAACCCAGAUCGAACAUUGUGACUCAAGGUUACAGAACUUUGUGCAAUGCAUAAUCCUGAGAUGGCUUCGAUAAUUUUUGAUGAAGCUGCACAGAGACUUGGAGUGUUUGUCAGACCGGCAGUGUUGACGGACUCUGACCAGCUGAUAAAUCUAAACCAAGCAUUCAGAUAUGAAAUGGCGCAAUGGGAAGCUGAGCUCUCCGAAGCGGAUGAGGAUGCGGGAUAUCCUGUACUGGACUAUGAAGACGUGGAGUACAUCCUCACAAAAGAGGACCCUCUGAAUCUAUUUGUGAUCGGAAGACGACUUCAAUCGGAUGAACGGUUGAUUGGCUACUCUUAUUCAUACUUGGAGCCGUGGGAGUCUGCUGCUAAAACCGCUACGCCGAGGAAGAAUAGCAAACACAGAGCAUCAGAGAAGAAGCAUGAGAAACCUCCUAAGAACAAGUCCUCGCUUUACUUAGCCGAACUCUUUGUCACUGAGUGUGAAAGGGGUCUUGGACUUGGGGAGCUUCUGUUGAGUGCGACGCUCAAUCAGAGGUCAGGCGUGGACUGCUUGGCUCAAAUGUGUCGGCAGUCAAGUGCUACAUGAAAUUCGGGUACAAAAGGGGAAACAGGCCGUCUGGUGAUGCCGCGCACGACUUGAUCAUG